AUGGCGAGCCAUUCGGGGAGGGAAAGAGCUGCUAAAAACGACCAUUCUUGGAACUCGGGUGAGGAGGAUUGGAAGUUGGUACUGGACAGCCAUUCGGAGUCCGAGCUCGAGUGUCGGGCUUCCCGGGCCCAAUCCUCGAAGGGCAAGAAAUUCAAGAAAAUGGGCUUUAGUAGUAGGUCCCCUUUCACUUCACUUUAUAAUAAUAAUAUCAGCAAUGGCUCGUCUUCUGGUUCGGAGAUCGACUGUAAUGAUCAUGAGGAGGUUGCCAUGUGUUUGAUGAUGCUGUCGAGGGAUUUGGGGAAUAAUAUGAGCUCGGUUGUGGAGUCUAGCGACAAUAAUUCGGUUAUUUUGGAGACCAAAUCGUCCUCUAUGGACUUUUCCAAGAAUGUAGGUAGCAAAAAUGAAGCGUGCAAGAAAAUCGAGGCAUUGAAGUUGAAAAAGGAAUGUGCUUUGGAUGAUGUUGAGAAUUCUGAUUCGGGGUACUUUUUAGACGAGUUCGAAAAGGCCGAUUCAGAUGUUCCUGUUGUUCCCAAAAAGAGCGCAUUUUUCACUCGUAGUAAUUUUGGUGCAGAGGAGGCAGUUAGUAAGGAAUUCGAGCGCGAAAAAAACGGCCAGUUGAGAAAAAUCGAGUCGAGAAAGAAAAAGCACGUUGCUGAGAAUACCGAGUACGAGGAAAAGAAGAGAGUGAAGUACGAAUGCUUCAACUGCAAAAAGACGUUUAAGUCCUAUCAGGCGCUCGGUGGCCACCGGCCUUGCCAUAAAAGGACCAACAACUCAUUUUACGAGAAUAGCUUGGACGAUGAUGCUGAUGAGGAGCUCGUGAAAAGAAAGAAAACGAAUGAGAAAAAAGACAAAUCCAAGAAGAAGAAGAAGAGCAAAGGGCACAAAUGCCCGUUUUGCGAACGGGUUUUCAAGAACGGGCAGGCCUUGGGUGGGCACAAGAGGUCCCAUUUCAUCGGUGGUCACGUUGAAACAUAUAAUUACAGUUGUCCUAGUAAUAUUAACAACAAUGUAAGCCAAAUCGUGGAGAAAAAAAAGCAGCACAUUUUUCUUGAUCUCAAUCUUCCGGCCCCAGAGGACGAUGAGAACGGCGAGGAACGAGAGGUUCUUGGCUGA